AUGGAUCCGUCACUCUUGCAAUCCAGCUCCCCGCAAGGGUCAACAUCAGGAUCUGGACCUAAUCAAACUUCUCCUCAAGCUUCUAAUCACAGCACAAGUCCAACUUCAGCUCAGACUCAGCAGGGAGACGUCAAACCAUCCAUAUUAUCGACUUCACCAUCUUCAACGAAUCAAGUAUCUAACGCCAAUGUCCAAUCUACCUCAUCGACUUCAUCGUCAAAUCCUACGCUGUCUACAUCCAAGAGUGUAACUCUCAAAUCGACCGAUGGGCCUGCUUCCACAUCCGUAACUACUGCUAGUCAACCAUAUCAUCCAUCUCAACCCAGCGACAUAAUCGAUUCAGAGAUGACCGACGGAUCCGAAUCCGCCAAAAGGCCAAGGUUACGUCUAGCUCACGCAUGUGAUCGAUGUAGACGUAGGAAGAUCAGAUGCGAUACUCAACAUCCAUGUACACCAUGUCAGCAAUCUAAUAAUCAGUGUACAUUCGAAACUCCUUCUCGAAGAACUGUCAAAACCAAAUCAUCCUCCAACAACAACAAUUCGAAAGAACCUAAAGAUUCUUCUGCAUCUUCAUCGAUAGGAGGAGGGAUCAAAAGACCUCAUUCACCAUUACAGCCCACCUUGGCAUCUUUGACUUCAGGCUCAGGAGGUCCCGGAGGACAGACAAACUUGGAAGCUAGGCUGGCAGCUUUGGAAAGUAUGUUGAGGGAUGUACCGCCAAAUGUCCAUAAUGCUUUUUUAUCCACGUUAGAUGCUAGGUUGGGUAGUGGAACAGGCGUAGGAUUGAAAGAAGGUGGUGAAGGUGUGGGUGUUAGUGUUGCUGUAGAGGCUUUGACGGGAGCUUCAAAUCCCCAUUUAAACAAUUUCUUAGGUACGAAUACGAAUACAGAUACAAAUAUAACCACCAAUAACAGUUCUGCUAUCGGCGGAGAUUUAUCGUGGAAUUUCAAUUCAUCAACAUUAUCACCUGAUUGGAAUCCCCCUUCUUCAUCUACCAACAACAAUAACAGUAACACAGGAGCACUGAGUAAUUGGUUGGCUGGGAUUGGAGCUGGACCGAGCUUGUCAAAGAGAAGGGAAGAAGUAGGGAUGGACGAGUUGGCAAAAAGGAUGGAAGGAAUGAGUUUCUUCUAUGAGGAUGAGAUCGGACAGGCGAAAUGGCAGGGCGCCACCUCUGGUUUUCCCCUCCUUCAUCUCCUUACCGCUGCCAAUGCUCAGCAAGAUAACAUCGAAGUGAACCGCCAAGGAUCCCAUCCCGACGUUCAAGUGUCACCUGCUAACUCUAACCUAUCCACUUCACCCGCCAAUGCACCUCCCAUUCCCCGCCGCAUAAGUUCAGCAUCCACCGCACUCGGCUCACAGGUCCGCUCAUCAUCUGUUCCCGCCAAAGGCAGAUCAUCCUCGAUGGGUCUAGGAGGUAGAGGUCGAACCUCUUCUCCAGGCGUAGGGAAGAAGGAAAAAUUCUUUCCCGACAGGACACCAAGACCUCAUCAGACUCUUAAUCCCGAAGCCUCAUGGAAAGUCAUAACUGGAGUUAUCCCACCGGAUCUUAUGGAUACAUUGGUUAGAUGUUAUUUAUCGACUUCUCACCUGUUAUGGCCAUUCUUACAUGUUCCAUCAUUCCUUGCCGAUUAUGCCAACCCUCAACAAUGGGGUGAACCGGGAUUUACAUGUUUCAUCGUUGCUGUUUGUACCCUCUCUUCAAGGCAUGUUGAUGAUCCUAGAGUACGAGCGAAUCCGAAUGACCCAUCGACAGCUGGUAAACAAUAUUUCGAACUUUUCAAACGACUCAGAGAUCUCCCAUCGGCAGAUCGACCUACGCUAUAUUCGAUCCAGGCUGCGUUCUUAGCUGCGAUAUAUGCCUUUGGAUUAGGGAAUCUGAGUAAGGCGUUUGCUCUACAGGCGGAAAGUAUUACACUAUGUUUGGAUGGGGGUUUACAUAGGAGUGUAGAUGGGUAUGACCAUUUUGAUGCGGUUGAGAAGGAGACUAGGAAGCGAACGUUCUGGUCGAUAUAUUCAUGGGAUAAACAGUCCGCCGCUCUCUUUGGCAGACCACCCAUCAUCCAUCUUCGAGAUUGUGAUGUAACCGAACCGAUGAUAGUAGACGACGAGAACCUCACUGCGGAAGGGGUAAAAGAUGAAAGUAGCGGGAAUGAUCCGAAAUCUAGGAUGUGCGCUUUUGUAGCUGCCAUUAGAUUACAUGUGAUUCUAGAGGGAGUGAUCGAUUCGGCUACUCGACCAUCAUCUUUCCCUACCUCACCCUUUUUGGCUAAAGCCGCAGCUACGAUUGCUCGACGAUCACCUCAGAAUGAGAGUCUGCAAGACGAAUUGGGUUUAUUGGAAGAAUGGACAAGGAUCUUACCGAAAUACUGGCAUUACGAUUCUGAGACGGCAGCUAGUAGGGAUCCGAUUAGAAUCACUCAGGCGGAGAGGUUACAUUGUCUUGAACACCUGGUGAAAAUGAUCAUCUACAGACAUCGAUUCUCUGGAUUUGUAGCUAUGCCUGCGUCAACACAGGAAGAAAGAGCAAGACAUUUAGAUCUAUGUAGGAAAGCUAUGCAAUGCGCUUUGACAAUUAUAGCGGAUCAUGUACAUAUUUCUCAGCGAGGUAUGAUGACAUAUUACGGUGUACACGUGAUUCAUCAACUGGCCCAAGCUGGUCGUACGCUCGUAGCUGUCAUCUUGAAUUGCAGAGAUGCGGAUUUCAGACCUAUCAUUGCCCCUUCGAUCGAGGGUCUACGAUCUUGUGUUGGAUUGCUGAGAAGAUUCAGUGGUAGAUAUCUGUGUGGCUUGAGGUCGGCCGAUAUCAUUGAUGAGUUCUGUCGAAUCUGCAACAUCCCUGUCAACUCACCCCGUGUACCUGAUUCUACCACUCGUCCUUCACCCGCAUGGCUCCGACCCGUCCCUAAACGAAUAUCAUUAUCGCAAAACGGGUUUGGUGAUUCUCCAGGGGCGAUGAUGGAUUUCAACGCUUCUUCUACCUCUUUACCUGGUGGAUUAUCUUCUCAACCGGAUAACAAUACCAGUAAUAAUUUCGCGAAUGAUCUGGAUGCGUUGUUCAAUACUUCUGCAUACUUUGAUAUGUCAGCUAUAGAAGCUGGAACGACUACUACCAGUUCUGCUUCGACUCAAAACCAAACUUACAAUAACAACAAUAAUGGUAGUGGGAAUGAUUUCUCUUCAUCUCAUUUGAACAUAGGUGGUCUGGGUGAACCGUCAGCACCGUUCGAUAGGUUCGAGACGCUUACUCCUGCGCCAAUGAAUGGAAAUCUCAUGUUAUCUGGAGAUUCCAGCACCGGCGUCAAUCAAAAUCAAAAUCAAAGUUCAGCUUAUGAUCAAUCACAAAAUACCGGAACUGCAACAGGUUCAGGAUCAUAUGACAAUAGCGGUAAUGGUAAUAACAAUCAUAAUAUCAGUUUUGAUUAUGGAUUGAACGGUAUGGGAUUCGGUGGAGAGGCCUUGGCCGGAGAAGGGAUGGAUAGCGUUUCGGAUGGGUUGAAAGGAUCCAAUGGAGGUGGUGGAUUAUCCGCAGCUACGAUCUUAAGUUUGAUGGAAGAAGGUUCAUUCGAUUAUGGAAGUAUAUUCACGGACCAGGCUCCUUUACCUAUGGAUGUCGAACAUGGAAUGUGA